GAUCUCUGCUCCUCAUCACAUCAGCUUUAGCUACAGAUCCCUUUCAGAUCGUCUUUAGGGUUUCCAUAUUCGAAUCUUAUCCUCUGUUCCUUUGGAUUAAUCUUGCAAAUUCCAUAUCUCUUCUGCUUGUCUUUUGGGUAAUACGAUUCGCGUCGAUUCCAUGAUUGCUUGAAUUCCUUCCAUUGCGCUGCCAAUUCUGCAUAUAAAGAAGAGGGGAUUCGAUUACGGAGCAAUGGAAACGCAGACGAUUAUGGAGUUCCCACAUAAGAACAUGGACAAACGCCCAAGAAAGAGACCUCGCUUGACAUGGGAUGUGCCCCCUCCAAUUCCUUCUCCUCCGAAGGUCCUUCCACCAGCAUUAUAUUGCGGUCAGGAGUUUGAAAAUGAAGGGAUUUCCAAUUAUGUGUACCCGAACAUGUUUUAUAGGGGAGUUCCUCGGCAUGUCUCCCCUCCUUGGAGACCAGACAAUAAAGAUGGUCAUUAUGUGUUUGCCGUUGGGGAAAAUUUAACUUCACGUUACCGGAUUCUUGGCAAAAUGGGUGAAGGGACAUUUGGGCAAGUUUUGGAAUGUUUUGACAAUGAAAAUAAAGAGGUAGUUGCAAUCAAAAUUGUUCGUUCCAUAAACAAGUAUCGUGAAGCUGCCGUGAUUGAAAUUGAUGUUUUACAAAGACUGUCCAGGCAUGAUGUUGGUGGCACUCGUUGUGUGCAAAUACGGAAUUGGUUUGACUAUCGUAAUCAUAUUUGUAUUGUGUUUGAGAAGCUUGGGCCAAGCUUAUAUGAUUUUCUCCGCAAAAACAGCUAUCGUUCAUUUCCCAUUGAUCUUGUUCGGGAGCUUGGCAGACAACUUUUGGAGUCUGUAGCAUUUAUGCAUGAUUUACGUCUAAUCCACACCGAUUUAAAGCCAGAAAAUAUUCUUCUCGUGUCCUCUGAAUAUGUCAAAGUGCCAGAUUACAAGUUUCUAUCACGGCCCACAAAGGAUGGUUCCUAUUUCAAGAAUCUGCCCAAGUCAAGUGCCAUUAAGCUCAUUGAUUUUGGGAGUACAACAUUUGAACACCAGGAUCACAGUUAUGUGGUAUCAACAAGACAUUAUCGUGCCCCAGAGGUCAUCUUGGGUCUUGGAUGGAAUUAUCCUUGUGAUUUAUGGAGUGUGGGUUGCAUACUUAUUGAACUUUGCUCCGGUGAGGCACUUUUCCAAACUCAUGAAAACUUAGAACAUCUUGCCAUGAUGGAGAAAGUUCUAGGGCCACUACCGCAACACAUGGUGCUUAGGGCUGAUCGCCGUGCUGAGAAAUAUUUCAAGAGGGGCACAAAAUUGGAUUGGCCUGAUGGUGCAACUUCAAGAGAAAGCAUGAGAGCUGUUUGGAAAUUGCCUCGACUUCCGAACUUGGUAAUGCAGCAUGUUGAUCACUCUGCUGGUGAUUUGAUAGACCUGUUGCAAGGGCUUCUGCGUUAUGACCCGACAGAGCGACUCAAAGCAAGGGAAGCACUAAGACAUCCCUUCUUUACAAGAGAUUUGAGAAGAUCAUCUGGUUACUCAGUAUAAAAUCAUUAUUAACCAAACAUUAAGCUGGAGCAACCAUGAAAAGAAGGCAACAAGUGUUUUUCAAAUGACAGGAAUUCUUGUUACUGUACAGCGAGUGAAAGGCAUUGAGAAUCAUUUCCUUUUUCCAGAUCCUUUUAUUGUAUGGUGAUCCUAAAAGAGCUGUAUUCAAUUGAUAUAUGUUUCUUCUUUUGUUUGUUUACUAUGAUGUUGAAGCAAAUAUAAUGGGUGUGAGAUAAGUACUAUAACUGGAUUCUUAACGCUUCUUCAAAUGAGUGCUUCUAGCAUCCCUUUUCAGA